AUGUGGAUGGAGAACAGGACAACAGUGAGAGAUUUCAUUCUGCUAGGUCUGAGCACUGACCCAGAGCUACAAGUCCCUCUCCUUGUAAUGUUCCUUCUCAACUACCUCAUCAGUAUGCUGGGGAACCUGGGGAUGAUCGCCUUGAUACUCUGGGACCCGCGUCUGCACACCCCCAUGUACUUCUUCCUCGGGAACCUGUCCCUGGUGGACGUCUUUUACUCCUCCGCUGUCACUCCCACAGUUGUAGCUGGGCUCUUGAUGGGAAACACGGUCAUCUCCUACAAGGCCUGUGUGGCUCAGAUGUUUAUGUUUGCCACCUUUGCCUCAACAGAAAUUUUCCUGCUGGCUGCCAUGGCUUAUGACCGUUAUGCCGCGGUGUGCAAGCCCUUACAUUACACCACCACCAUGACCACAAGUGUGUGUGCGUGCCUGACCUUGGCCUGCUACGUUGGUGGCUUCGUGAACGCCUGCAUCCACACUGGGGAAGACUUCAGUCUCUCCUUCUGUAAGUCCAGAGAGGUCCAUCACUUUUUCUGUGAUGUUCCAGCGGUCAUGCUUCUGUCUUGCUCUGACACACAUUUCAGCGAGAUGGUUCUUGUUUAUGCCGACACCAUUGUUAUCUGCUCUGCUCUGUUUGUUAUCUUGGUGUCUUAUGUGUUCAUUUUUAUCAGCAUCCUCAAGAUGCGCUCAGCUGCAGGGUACCAGAAGGCUCUGUCCACCUGCCUCUCGCACUUCACCGCAGUCACCAUCUUCUUCGGAACUCUCAUCUUCAUGUACCUGCAGCCCAGCUCCAGCCACUCCAUGGACACGGACAAGAUCGUGUCCGUGUUCUACACCAUGGUCAUCCCCAUGCUGAACCCCGUGGUCUACAGCCUGAGGAACAAGGAGGUCAAGGGCGCAUUCAACAAGGUGGUGGGGAAGGCAAAACAUUUUCUAGGUCUGUGA